AUGGAACGCCGAGAAGGGCUUCGGCUUCAUCAUUCCCCUCGUUCGGGAGGACGAGGAGGCUCCGAAGAGCAUCUUCGUACACCUGUGGAAUGUGGUGGGCAGCACCAGCAAGAAUCCCAUCAACCUCCGGGAGGGCUCCAAGGUCCUUUACAAGUUGGGGGAGCAAGAUGGAAAGCCCAGGGCGCAAGACGUUGUCAUGCUCGGGAAGGACGGCAAGCCCCUCCCUGUGCAUGCGGGCGCACAGAACCUAGAGGAGAAAAGAAAGAGCUAUUUCGUCACGGCCGAGACGCUGGGCGUGCGGGUUCAUGCGGAAAGCUGGCCUGGCAAGCAGAUCGAGUUGCAAGACCGAUACGCCCAGGAUGA